UCCAACCUUCGGUUGAAGCCUUCAUAAUGAACGUAAUAUUCGUAGGCACCAUUUCCUCCACCCGGCUGUUCAUUUGGACGAAUCUGAAUAAUUUCAGCAGAAUGCCACAUAUUGUCAGGCCUUUGGACAAGAAAGUGAUCACCCACACCAGGAAGGUUUUCUUUGUUUCUUUCAUUUUGAUCCACCGCCUUUUUCUCGUCCGCCAUUUUCAUGCGCAAUAGCGGAAAUAAUCUCUUCAGGGGACAUAAUGCAGUUGCAGUUGCAUUCCGAGCAGACGGGCGAUGGUUGUAGUCAAGGAGGUUGGUGUGUAGACGGUCCCAGGAGACUGCAGGGUAUCUAUACACGUGCAUUAGCAGCCAUGGGGUGUAUUUCAUCGAAUAUGUUUCCAACAAAACUUAGUUUUGUUAUCUUCGUAUCGUACAUGGCAUUGUUCAUCAAUCAAGGUAUUCUUGUCACAGCAUCAAAAUCUUCAGAUAACAGCUAUAAUUACAGCACAGUGACAGUUGUCUUGCUAACUGAAUGUGUCAAGCUUUUAGCAUCCACAGUUCUUUACCUUAAAAAUCACACUGUGUCUCAGUUUAUAGAAGAGUUUAAAGAAAACAGAAGAGUCCUAAUGCUGUACUUCGUGCCUGCAGCUAUGUACUGUUUGUACAACAACUUGCAGUUUGUCAACCUUGCUACCUAUGACCCAACCACAUACUUUCUCCUUCUACAGAUGAGAGUUGUCGUCACUGGUGUUGUGUUCCAGAUGCUGUUUAAGAAGCAGCUUAGUGGAAUGCAGUGGGCAUCAGUGUUUUUGCUGACGUUUGGCUGCAUUAUCAAAGACAUCAACCAUGCAGCAAAGUCACACACAGUUACAUCUACACCAGACAGCAGAAGUGAAGAUUCAAUGCAUACUGGUGAUUCAUCUCUUUGGCCGUAUCUGGAUGUCCAUGUCCUGUUAAUUCUUCUGCAGGUAUUCUGCUCCUGCUUUGCAGGCGUGUACAACGAGUACCUCCUCAAAAACACAGGCUGUGAGAUUCACAUUAUGAUGGCUAAUGUGUUCAUGUAUCUUCACUCAAUCUUGUGCAACCUUAUUGUUCUUGUAUUGAAAGGAGAAUUGGCCACUGCUUUUACUUGGUCUGGAGUUGCAUCUCUUGGUCAGCCAUUGGUCAUAACCCUCAUUGUAAACUAUGCAGCAAUUGGGAUUGUUACCUCACUGUUUCCUUCAUACCUGAACUCCAUUGUCAAGAGCUUUGCUUCAGCACUGGAGUUAAUGUUCACAGCUGUUCUUUGCUGGGUUAUAUUUGGCAUUCCCAUUGACUUGUAUACGCUUCUGGCACUUGCUGUGGUUAUCGGUGCCACUGUUUUGUAUGCACAAAAUCCUGUCAUUAACAAAUCAAGAAGUGACAUACAGUUACAGUCAAAACCUGAUGAUUCAAAAGUGUGAAAGAAAGACCUUAUUGAAAAAAAAGAAAGAAGGAAAAUAGAAAAAGGGAGUGUACUUGAGUGUACCAUUUUAUUGAUAGCAUUUAUCUUCUGCUUUUUAUUAUUGAAAUAAAGACUAGUUAUAUAUAGCUUUUAUAUGGAAAAAAUGCAUGUGGUCAGGUUUUUUUUGGUCCCAUUUUAAACUGUCCCAUCACCAGGUAAACAAUUAUAACAAGCCUGAAAAAAAAAAUCCCAAAGAAACCUCAAAACAACAACAAAAAGAAUUUUUUUUUAAAUCUAAAAAAUGUGGAUGUUUAGUAAUUAAGUAUAGGAAACAGAAUAGGUUUAAAGGGAUACAGCACUUUUUAAUUGUUUUUAAUUGUAACAAAUUUAUUCUGCACUAAUAACAUGAAGAGGGUUUACACAUAUAAGAUAUUGUGCAUUUUUUAUUUUUAGCUGGUGUUUUUACAAACAAAAUAAAAAAAAAUUCUGGAUUUUACAUUUUUUAGAUUCUAGCUUUUCAACCUGAAUACCCCAUCCAUUUUAGGUGGUUGCUUAAGAAAACUAAUGAGCCAUCACUUUUAAGGACAUUUCACCUGUACAUGUGUUUCUAAAUUUAAAUGCUUUAGAAAAUGUUAAAUGAACUGCUUUUAAAUAAAAAAAUAACAAUGGCUGAAUUUUAAGCUACAAGACAAUUUUCCCAUGAUUUUUGAAUUGUAUCUGCUGCCUAUUUCCAUGACCCAAUAUUUCCACCUCAUUUUCUGUUUUUUCUUAAACAUAAAAAUUUUACCCAUGAAAAUAUUUAACCCUGUUUUACUAAAAUAUGUUUUUUACUUUGAGAUGAUGUAGUGCUCCUUAUUUUUCCUUUUUGACUUUCAGUGUUCAUUUUCUUACUGGAAAAUCAAAACAAACCACAUAUACAGCUUGUGUAAUCCUUAGGAGAAAGAUGGUGGAGAGGAAUACUUUCCUUGUCAACACUCAUUACAUUUUCUUUGGAGAACUGUUUGAUGCAAAAUAUCACUAUUUUGCUUUUUACUGGUUGCUGUUUGAUAAUAUAAAAAAACAAAAUGAACCCAAAAGAGUAACCAUUUGACAAAUGUAUGUAUUUUUUUAACAAGAAAUAUGUAAUGGAUUACAGUGUUCUCUAGCCUUUAUGCAUGUGUUAUACAUGACAAGUGCAAAUAAAACUGUGUCAUCUGCUGUGACAGAUAAAAAGUUAACAUUAAGCAUCAUGGCUACAAAAGCCCAAACUUGGUAUCUUGAGUCAUUUUUGGCUCUUUAAAAAUGAAGAGCAUCACAUGUACAAUUCACCAGGUGGCUGACAUUUUGUAAGACAAUUUUGGUAGGACAUCUCUAAUCCUUUAAAGAGGAAGUGUGGAUUGCUGUAAACAUGAAAAUGUUUGUAGGGCCAAUCAUGCACACAUAUGUAGGGUGUGUGAUUGGUAUAGAAAUAUCUGAAUGUGACAUUGUCUUAUCCCCAGUGGAAAAAUUAACUGUUGAGAAAAAAAAAAUGGUUAUUUCUAAAAAUAACAGUUGGAGUGUUAUAAAAUGCACAGGGUUUUAGAUUUUUUGUGUUUGUUGUUUUCUGCAUUCUACAUGACCCAUGCCUUCUGUCAUCAUAUUAGUUAUUAGUUCAAUUAGAAUACAUGCUAUAAUAUACAACUAGUUUAUAUGCCCUUUGCAAUAAAGCAACUGUGGACAAUGGCAUUAAGGGAGAGUACAUAUUUAUGGCCUCAACAUUUGUUGGCCUUUGAAUACUUUUGAGUAUUGGACAACUUGUUGAAAGUAUAAUAGUGAUCUCAUUUGUGGUUAACCAAGAGCAAUUGAUUAAGCAACUUUACUCAGGCCAUAAACAAAACUUACACAGAAAGAUUAUUUAAUAAUUUAUCUGGCUUUUAUGGUACUUACAAAGACACAAAUUGGAGUCUUUACUUUUGUGCUUCCUAAAGAAAAAAGAUGUCCAUGUAUUUUACUUGUAAUGCAACCUAUGAUCAAAUUUUUCCCCUAAGCUUCACUUCUGCAAUUACUUAUUACAGUCAGAGCAUUUAUAUCGUUUUAAUUUUGUACAUUGAUUGGUUCUAAUUACAGAUGGCAGCAGUCUUUUUAAUGAGAUUAGGUGUCAGAAGGUUUAUACAGCCUGUGUGAAGAACCAGAUGCCCUCCCUGUCUCCUCCCUCUCACUGGAAUACAAAAAAAGUAGCCUUACAGUUUACAUGCUGCUAUCAGCUUGUGGAGCAUAAUAGUUCAUGUGUUUUUAUUUCCUCAAUGUAUGUUAAGUUUUCAGAGUUUCAAAAUCUUUUUUUUAUUAUCUGUGAUUGCAUAAUACGUUAAAGUUAUAAACCAAAAAAAACUUACAGUAAUCAUCUAUUGUGCUAAUUCUGAAUGAUAAAUAACUGUAGUCAGAUAAACAGGCAGCACCAGUAAGAUAUUGGAAAGCUUUCAGUCUAGAAUUCUAGUUGAAGAAAUAUGACUUGUAUUAAUUAAUAGUCUAUACUUGUGUGUUUGCACAUCAGAAAUUGGUAUUGUCAGUUCAACAAUGUUCACGAUAAAAAAAUCCCGAAAAGAGCAGUUUUAGAUCUCAGAACAAAUCUGAAGCAAAGAAAAAAAGUCAAAACUGUUCAAGUCACUGCUAUGGACUAGAUGGCUAUAUCUUAAUCUGUAUAGUAAAUUUGAAUACCAAUUGGAAGUGUUUAGAGGAGGUCAGUUUAAAUUAGAGACCACAAUAAAACAAGUUAUAGAGAAUAGUGGUUAGUUAGAGACAUCUUAUGAACUAAUUAAUUUUCAAAAGUAUGAAGAGUGUUAAAGAUCUGUUUUUCCCAGUUUGUCUAGGCACACCAAGUUAAAAGCUUUGGAUUAAAAAAAAACUUAUAUAUACAAACACAGAAUAAUUACAACUGAUGAUGAACAAGCUUUGUCUUAGUCAAAAAGAAGAGUUUUUAGGCAUAGAUUUUAAAGCUAUAUUUUUGUAAUUAAUAACUUUUUUUUAUAACAGAUAAGAAUUGAUUUCUAAUGCUAGGAGUUUUUGCUUUCUUCUGCUUGAAAAUUUGACACAUGCUCAUCUGAACUGGCUAAAUUACUAUUGCAGAAUUAAUGCACUCAAAACAUGUGUCUGAAUCCCAGUGGGUUGUCUUUGUACCUCAGUUUACAGCUAAAUCUGUACAGGAAACUUAGCAGCUUCAUUGCAUAAAUUAAAACACACAUGACAGUAGAUAAGCUGGCAGGGUUUGUUUAAGAUUUCUUAGAGAUUUUUUAACAAAUGUAUAGCAAAUAACAUUAUUUCUUUGUUAUUAUAAACACAAGUGAUCUAGCUAAACUGUCUUCAAUAAUAAACAGGGUUAUGACAUGCUCUUUCAAAACUAAUGAUAGAAAUAAUAGUGAAAGAGCUAUAUUUAUAUAAUUAAAAUUAGUAGAAAUAGCCUUUUUCAUUUUAGAGAUAUUUUUAUUCUGAAAAUGAAUCAGUAUAUUUCUGUGUAUUGUGCUGAAUGGGCAGCUGAAGCAUUAAAAUACUUAACUUUUCAUAUUUCUUGCAAGAGAUACCUUCUUGAGAUAAUUGAUGUACCAAGUAAAAGUGUCAUUCAUAGCUGAAUAUAAUUGGAAUUACAGUACAAUGCAGGGCAGUGUAGUACACUGCAGGUAAACACCUUAAAUAAACACCUUACUGAUUGUUUAUAUGUCUGAUAUAUUAUUUAUGGAGCUGUUAUUUUGUUACUCUUCGAAUCAAAGCACAUGAGGUUAAGAGAAUUCUUAUCUUUUCAAUAUUAUUUGACAUGCAUAAUGGACUUUAAGCAUUUUUUGUCAAUAGGUAACCCGAUUUUUAUGUUCUUGAUUUAUCUUAAACUAUAAACAAAUAUGUGAUUAGUACUUUUAACUACAACACAUGCUCAUAACCCAGAGUUGUUAUCAUCUUAUUUGAUGAAUGUAUUAUGUAGUCUUGAUUUUGUAAUAAUAUACUAAUAUUAAAAAAAUAUUCUUGGGAGAGAGAAAGAGGAGAUAUGUUAUGCUGCAGCCUACACAAAGCUGUGAUAUAUUUUGCUGCUUCCGAAACUUUCAUUGAAAGAUAAGCAUGAAUAAAAAAAAGUAAAUUUUCAGUUUUACACAUAUCAUUACUUUCUCGUGGCAUAACAGACAUCUAUUUCCAGAUAGCUGAAAGUUGAAAAGAAAAGAACAUGAGAUGAAGAUUGGAUGAUAAAGUUGAAUUUGCUACUCUGUACAAAUGACAAAGUUUAUCUUUUAUUUAAAGGCCCUUCCUAUAAAUAGAAGGAAAGCUGAGCUGGUGUGAAAUGAAGAUAGUUUCACAGGUGGGGAUAGCACACGAUUAUUACUGUGCCAACAGUUCUUUGGGAAGGCCAUUGAUUUUUGACAUAUGGUACAGGUAUCGGGAUUUACCCUGAACACCAGGAGCACAGAGAAAAUGUAAAGCAGUAUCUGUAUCCUAGUUUGUAAAUUCUUCCUGUACAUUUGACACCAGCGAAUGUAUUACUCUUCCUAUACAGUUGACCCUGCGAAUAAUGUCUUCAUAUCUACAGCUCAGUUGUGUGCAUCCAUGUGGAAUGAGCUUAACUUAGCAUAAAAGUCAGAGCAAUGAACAAUAGUUAUAAACACAACCUUUUUGCUUCACACCUUGAUUUAUGUUCUAGCCUAUUAGGACAAUCAUUUAGAAUUGUUCAUAAAAUUUGUUGUGUAAUUUAUGAUGAAUAAUAAAUAGCUAUUGUGAAAUAUUUUUCAGCAGCUUUACAUUUGUGUGUGUGUGGUUGCAGUGUGGUGGGCGAGUUCUCACAUUUUAAAUGAUUAGUAAAGGACAUCUGAAUUGUGAGGUAUUUUAAGUAAUGUUUCUUUUUGAUCUGGUCAACAAUUACUUGGGUAAAGAGUGCAGCAAGAAAUCUGUUUCUUAAUAGAUUUCAUUUUAGCAGAGCCUGUUGAUAUAAUUUAUGUACUUGUUAUUACUCUGGGGUGUUUCAUUUGGAAAUUGUACUAAACCAAUAUUAGGAUUAGUAGAUGCCUGGCAUGCUUUUAAAUGUUAUGUAAUUUUUACCCAAACACCUGGUGUUUGCCAGAUGUGAAUAUGCUAUAUAUUUACGUAAAGAAAUAUCUUUUUAAUCCCAAACAGGGAACAAAGUACUGCAUUGAAGAACUUUUAGUUUUGUUCCUUUUUAGAGGUCUUCAUAAAACCAUAUGUAUUACAAAAAAUGUUACAUAUCAGACUGUGUAUAUCCUUGGUCAUUAGGAUGAUUCCAUGUGAUUGUUUUCAUAUCUGACAUGUAUCCUUGAUCAUUAGGUUGAUUCUUUGUGACAAUUUGUUCCUUCUAGAAAUUCUUGUUAUUCAUCCCUGUGUAUUUGGAUUUUGCACAAAUGAAGGCAAACAUGUUACAGUUGUAAGCAGUGCAAAGUCACCCUGUACCAAUGUUUUCUUACAAAUAAAGGUUUCUAAAGGGAAGUAGUCAUUAAAAAUGAAAAAUAAAUAUGCUUAGUUAAAAAAAAAAAUAAUCACAUUGCAAAAUCCUUAGACAUCAGUGCAAUUUUUGAUGUCAUCACCUUCAAGAUUUGGUUACACGUUUUUGCCCCUCUUCUUAUAGACCAAAUGACUUGCAUGUGAUAGAUAUGUUACUGUAGAUGCAUGAACCAUAUUUUACAAACAGGAUUCAAAGCUUCUCUUGCACAGUUUCAUAAUACAAUAUACUGUAGACUGGAACUUGGUUCAUAAUUGGAAGUUGAGUGUUGAACUAUGCGUGAAACAUUUUUGGGAAAAUGAUGGUGGGUUUCUUUGGUCUUCUUAAGGAGUAAACUGUUUUGUCCACUUUAUACAAAUGGCUUUAGGAUUUUAUAAAGUGGUUUAUUAAAAAAUAGGGGUUGCCUCAACAAUAGGAUCGUGUUAGCAUGAUGAUUACCAGCAGGAACAGUUUUUUACUAGGGCAUUAUGUUUGAAGCUGCUAGCCGUUUCCUUGUAGAUGCCACCCUCUCAGCACUGAAGGGGAAUGUCUGAUGGUAAUUAGGCUGAAGAGUUGCAGCCCGUUUUUAGUAUAUUUUUUUUGUGCCAAUAAUGCCAUUAUUCUGCAUCAUUGUCUUUGAACAAUUUGAUAGCAUAGCACAAAAACAAUGUAACUUAUACCAAUAUGUUUUUGACAUUAUGGACUAAUUUUUUACAGUUUUCAGUUUUUUUCAUCAAUUUCUUGUAAAAGCCCUUUGAAGUGUAAGUGGGUUGUAUGUUUGUUAAAUAGUAUUUGUUGUCCAUUAAAAAAACACACAUGCAAUAAAGAUGCAUUACUGAUUG